CCGGUGCCGAAGCAGCCAAUCGCAGCUCUCCGUCUCGAUUGCGUGUUGAUCUGUGUCGGAGCGUCUCCUCCGGCAGCCGCUGCGCUCAUCAACCUCUCCGACGCGCCACACGUGUGUGUGUGUGUGUGUGUGUAUGUGUGUGUUUGGAUCGUGAUUCUAUGGAUUUGUACUUUGAGUCGACGGAGCUGUGCAAAAGCAUCUUUCUGACCAGACCUCCCUGUUCGCGAUUGGAACCGGAUACACCGUCAAACGACAAGGAGAUAUAUAAAAAAAAAUAAAAAAUGAAAAUGAUGAGAGUUUGGCUCAAAGUGCAACUUGACUAAACGCGCGCUGCGCGGCUGCUGUUGGACAACCAGGGACCACUCAUCUGUUUCACGAUGGGAGGAAACCAGUCCUCUGCUCUGCCACAAUAAAGGAAUAACUCUCCCACGGCACCCGAGGACCCGGGUCGAUCCACCAGGCUGAUCGAGGAGUCCAAGCCCGAGUCCCUGAACUGGAUCGAUCGAUUAACGGAUCUGACUGAUCACCUGCAGACGCGCAACAAGCUCACAGGGAGAAGAUGCCGUUCCACCAUGUGACGGCGGGCCUGCUCUACAAGGGGAACUACCUGAGCCGCUCGCUGUCGGACAGUGACAGCGAUGUGCUGGCCAGCAUCUCUGUGGAGGAGCUUCAUGAGAUCCGGGAGGCGUUUAAGGUUCUGGACCGCGACGGAAACGGGUUCAUUUCCAAACAGGAGCUGGGCAUGGCCAUGCGCUCUCUGGGUUACAUGCCCAGUGAGGUGGAGCUGGCCAUCAUCAUGCAGAGACUAGACAUGGAUGGUGACGGACAGGUUGACUUCGAAGAGUUCAUGACGAUCCUUGGACCCAAACUCCUGUCGUCUGAGACGAGAGACGGCUUCCUGGGCAGCACAAUAGACACCAUCUUCUGGCAGUUCGACAUGCAGAGGAUCACCCUCGAGGAGCUGAAACACAUCCUGUUCUACGCCUUCCGCGACCACCUGACCAUGAAGGACAUAGAGAACAUCAUCAUUAAUGAGGAGGAGAGUCUGAAGGAAAAUUCCGGGAACUGUCAGACAGAGUUCGAGGGAGUUCACCCCUCAAAGAAGAACCGUCAGACGUGUGUGCGGAAGAGCCUCAUCUGCGCCUUCGCCAUGGCAUUCAUCAUCAGCGUCAUGCUCAUCGCAGCCAAUCAGAUGCUGAGGAACGGCAUGGAGUAGCCAUGCUCACUGCGAGCGGGGAAGGAGCCAGCCUGCAUGUGCAUGCCAGUGGGUGAGGUCAUAUCCCUGCAGACAGGAAAAGAACUAUGCGGAGUGACACCUAAAGUAAUCAUCAACAAAAAUCGUCAAAAUCCAUUUUAAAAAUUACUCCAUUUUUUCGGUGUUGUUGUUUUUUUUCCCGAACAAGCGGCACCUCGCCACCCGAUGUCCAACGAAACUGUGAAGCCAGCAUUGAGGAGUCAUGCAGGACUCCUCCCACUUUACUCUGACAGGGACACUCAAGGGCUGACAUCACCCACACCACUCCGUCGUCUCCGUUUCCCCAACGCAAUUUGUUCUUUUAAUAAAAAAACAAAACAAAACCCUGAAACAAGUUGAGUGCAGAAGUUCAGAGCUGCUUGCUACCCACCAAGAUGUGACAUGUGAGUGUGCGGAUCUGUCACCCACCAGGAGUCUGAUGAGCUACCAGGGCUGCAGUCUGCGCCCCCGUAGGGAAUGCCGGGAAGGAAGCGGUUGUCCUCUCAUUAUAGUUCCUGCACAGACGAUGGCGGAGCUCGCCGCCGCUCAAGCAGAAGGAUCUGUAAGCAACGGCGCCGCGCUACUUCAGCUCUCCUGCGUUCUAUUUUCAACUGCUGCGUCUGGGGGCUGGCAUGAGGUGCAGGCAUCAGUUCAUCAGCCCCAUACAAGACCGAGCAGCCAAGAGAGCAAAACGUCGAAAGGGUAACUCCAGGCUCGUGAUUUGGCCCCCGGAUAUUAAUGAACGAAGGCAGUGGCUCUGAGAGUGUGAAUUUGGAUGCUCUCUGUCUCUCGGAUACUGUCGGGUGGACACUGUGGCGCGCACGGAAGAGGCUUCCUUGUCAUUUAUGAAAGGAAAAAGAAUCCACCCUCCAAUGUUCUCUCACUGUCCUCUAUCAUCCCGUCUGCGGUGCUCGGUGAACCCCCGGGAUUUAAUUUGCGAGGGGGUUUUAUUUCAACUUUUUGUUUCCGUCCACUUUCUCUCAGUCUGUCUCAUCUAAUUUAGCCACAGUUGGUGAUUUGAAUGAAUCUCCCGAGAUGACUUUGGACAGGCUCGCGGGUGUGAACCCACCCAGCUGUGUGUGAGGUUGAAAGAGCGAGGACAAACGUAUGAGCACACUAGAGAGAACCUGAAGUGCCCCCUUUACUCUUACGCUGUGAGUCUUGCGGCUGUGAUGCCAUUUGGCUUCUUGACAGAUUUCUACCUGCAUGUCUGUUGAUGCCAGGACUGAAUGAAGCUUUGACCUUUUUAGACCCGGGGGGCUGAUGCCAAAACCUAACAUAUGAUUGACGUUUUGAAAUACAUGAAAUUUUUUUCCUGCUCUCAAAUUGUGUUCUAGUUGGAAAUAAAUGCGAUGCCACCUC